AUGAAGCGCGUGGCUGCCAAGCCGGGUGUUGCCACACCUGAUGAGGCCUUAAGUGCGUCCGACUCGACGUGUUACGUGUCUCUGAGCGACCACAUCAAGCGCACACGCACCACGAGCCAAGACGAAGGUCUGCUACUGUCCAGUCUGCUGCCAGAGCAAUACUCUGGAUCCGUCUGGAGUCUCGAGUCUUUGGCAAUCCCCAUUACGUACAUCAGCACGGGUAUAAUGUACUCUUUUCCUCAAGCCACCAUCGAGUUUUUCCCGAGGUCGUUAGGCGCCUCAGACGCUCAACUCAGUACAGUGACAGUGGUUCGUGCACUUCCUUGGACGUUCAAAGUGCUCUUCGGACUGUUACCGGAUGUGUUCCCAAUCCACGGUCAACGAUUCACACCCUAUUUGUUCCUCGGGUGUGUGACAGCGUCGCUAUUCCACUUAUUACUGUCGAUUUACAGCGCCUCAGACUCGCUGACGAUCGCGUCGUUCGCACUUUUACUUUUCGGAGCUACAGUCGGUGUGGUUAUGGCGGAUGUCAUGGCAGACGCACUGGUGGCACAUCGGGUGUUACUAUUGCAACAAAAAUCACCGAGGAAGAGAUCGGAGGAGUCAAAACUACAGCAAGAACCCAAGGUAAAGAUGCAAUCGGAGGGAGCAUAUCUGCAGACUACGGUGUAUCUUUGUCGCUUUGCCAGUGAAAUGGUGGGCUAUUGGUUGGGUGCAGCAUUGAGUAACAAAGCACAAUGGGGCUGGGGAGCUUCAAUGGGUCAGCUGUUCGCUUUCCUCGCUUUUGUCCCGAUGAUUUCGGUGCUUCCAGCGCUUAAAUAUCUCUACGAACCGGAGGAGAUCGGACCGAUGCCUCUGCAAGACCAAGUUGCAGGGAUCUGGCUCAUGCUACAGCGACGUGCUACGUGGCAACCCGUGUGUUUCUUGGUGCUGGCAAAUGCCUUCUUUGUGCAGAAUGCAGCAUGGGGAAAUUAUCUUAAAGUGGCGUAUAAUUUCGACGCCUUCCAGUACGGAGCAUUGAGUGGCAUUGGGGCUUGUGUCACUUUCGCUUCGAUCGUCGUGUAUCGGACGCAUAUCAUGCCGCACUUUGAAGCGCCUUGGCACGACGUGUACUUCGUAACAGGCCUCGUUGUUGCCUUCUUUUCACUUCUCAACGUGCUGCUUGUGUUGCAUGUGAACGAGGCCUUUGGCGUCCCUCCCUUUUGGUUUGCGAUGGGUGACGCUGCAGGUGAAUCCUUUGCUCGUGGUUUCCAGUAUCUUCCAGUGGCUCAAAUGUUCGUGGCAGUGUGUCCAGAACACCAAGAAGGGGUGGCAUUUGCACUGCUCACUAGUGUCACCAAUCUCGCGCAGGCAUUUUCCAGUACGAUUUCCAAUAUGUUGCUUCAUAUCUGGUCAGUUGAGUUAACGGAUCUGCAAAAAGUUCCACAUGACUUUAGUGGCGUCUGGAAGCUGUCAGUACUUACGAGCGUCAUUCCGUUGAUCCCAGUUAUGUUUGCAACGACUCGACUGCUGCCAAAGGGACCGCGUCAACUGGAGGAAAUGAGGCACCAGCUUUCGCCAAUUGGGGCUGUAGUUGUCAUCGUUUUGUAUGGUUGCGGGUUUGUCUGGGUGAUUGUGUUGAGUAUGUUAGCAAUAUUUGCACCAUGCCAUGUCAUUGUCGGUGGGCACGGCUGCUAA